GAGUCUUGUGGAGGUGAUAAAGAUGGUGAAAGUCUGUCAAAAAUUUCAACUCUUUAUGAGAAAUACAAUAUUCAAUGCGCCGAAAUUGAAAGAUUGGAGAAACAGAACAGUAAUUAUAGAGAGCAACUGUUGAAAACAAUACGUGAACGUGAAACAGCCGAAGAUGCACUGCGUAACUAUAAGAAUGAGAAGUCGUCGAAGUUUGAUGAAUUGGAGCGAAAGUUACUGGAGCAUGAAUAUCAGUUGAAAGCAAGCAAAGAUCGAGGUGCGGCUCAAGAAGCACAUCAUGCAAAAAAUCUUGCUGAAACAACUGCCAAAUUCAAUAGUCAAAUUGCUAACCUUUUAAAGAAGUGUGAAACUGCAGAAAAAGAAAAAAAUGAUGCGGUGGUACGUUAUGCAACAAGAGAAACGGAAGUGAUGCAUUUGAAGUCGGAAUUGGAAAAGAUCGAAAUAGAAAAAGAAUCGUUGAACAUUGAAAAGGAUACACUGAUACAGAGUACAAAAUAUCAACGAUUACAAGAGUAUAAGCAAACAAUUGAAACAAUUCGCAAAGAAUACGAAUCUGAGAAGAUAGCACGUCAGCAACAAGAAGAAACACUUUCAAUCACAACGAAACGUUUAGAAGCAGUACAAACAGUGAUGAGUGAAUUACGCUCAAUGCUUGAGCAGUCACAAAAGCAAUUGGCACUCGAAACAGAACAAAAAUUAUCGAUAAAAAAUGAACACGAAAAAUUAUUACAGCAAAUGGAUAACGAAUCGGUGAAAGUUGAGUUGGCGAUGGCACUGAGUGAGAAUCGUGAAUUGCGUGAUCAGCUGAGUAUCGAAAGGGAAUGGCAUGAAAAUGCAGCAAAUGAGUUGAGUGCUCUCAGGGAUAUUAAAUCACAAGUUGCUCGAAGUCAGCAAGAAGCGGAAGAAUCACGACGUGAAGCGUUAGAAGCAACAGAAGAAAGGGAACAAGCCGAACAGGAGGCGUCUGAAUGCCGUAAACAAACUGAACGUAUGCUGUCGAUCACUGAGCAACUGACCGAUAAAAAUUCAUCACUUUCCUCCGAAUGUGAUUCACUUAGGGCUAAGAAUCUGGCUAUAAAUACGAAGUUCAUCGAAUUGGAAGCAGAUUUGAGGCGUACAAAAGAGGCUUUUGAUGAGACACAAAAACAGUUGGAUUACAUUAAAGUGACAAGUACGGCUGAAAUUGCAUCACUCAGAGAGGAUUUGAAUUCAAAAAUCGCUAAAGUUCAAGAAUUAUCGCGACUGUUAGACGAAGUGAGCAACGAAAAGGAAAUUCUGAAGAAGAAACAUGCCUCAAAUAUAAAAGAGCUACGAGCCGAGCUGAUGAUUUUCCGAAGAGCACAGCAACAACAUCAAACGACCACUUCAGCAACCACAAAUCAUUGCGAUACACCUCAUGAAAAUCACGAACUAACUGCAUAUUUGCCAAUUACAAACGGUGGUUGUUCGUCCUCUUCACGAGCCUCAUCAAUAUGUUCGAUGGAAACAAGCACACGUAAUACAUUGAACGCACCAUCGCCGGUGGAUGAAGCGAGUAAUAUGAAUAUAAAUGCAUCACUACCUUCAUCAUCGUCAAUCAAUUCAAUGCAACAACAAAUGAUUGAAAAAAUUGUGAAACUCCAACGGCAACUGGCAAGGAAACAAGAUAAGGUGGAAUUCUUGGAGGAACACGUUAGGCAAUGCACUGAAGAGUUGCGAAAGAAGACUAAAAUAAUUCAAAAUUAUGCUCUUCGCGAAGAAGCUUCUCUACUGCUGCCAGAAAGUGAUUCAUUGACGCAGGUGAAUUCUGUUUUUGAAAGUUUUAAAUCAGUCAGUACAAUUUUGUGA